GUAAAAACCCUGAAAUUUUAUAAGAUAUGCCAUCAAGGGAAAGUUUGUGAGAAAGAAAAAAAACCGAAAAUAAACAAACCAUAAAACCAAUAACAGAACGUGGAUCUGAUAACAGCAAAGUACAACAAUAACUAAAUUAGUUAAACAAAACUAGAUUAAAAUGAAUAAACAUAAAAUACCCAAAUUAGUCUUAGGACUAACUAUAUUAAGUUUAUUCACAAACCAAGUCACUUUAGCACAAGAUGAAUCUUUGGCAGGCAGUUUCCUAUCAGGUCUUUUAGAUACUAUUACCAGUACUGCAGAUUCGAAAGAUUGUCCUGGUGUUUGUGUGCAUACAUUGGCUACGUUGAUAUGUUAUGAGGUAUUAGAUGAUAUACCCUGUCCCUCGGCUAGUAUGAAAUGUUGUAUUGAAAGUGCUCCUACGAAAAAUGUCACAGCACAUCAUACUACUAGCAGCACAUCAACGACAACUACUACCACAACUACCACCUCGACUAGGAAGCCAACAACAACAUCGGCUAAGCCUAAACCUAAAACUACUACGACUACUACUCCUAAGCCAAAGACAACACAAAAGAAGCCCACUACCACUACCAAGACUACGACUAAGAAACCGGUAACCACAUCAACUACAGCAGCCUCCAAGAAGUCGGAGAAAGUAAAGGAUGCUGAUGAUAAGAUAAAUGAAAACUGUAAAGGUGUUUGUGUAGCCGAUCGUAUUGCCGAAUACUGUGAAGCCUAUUUGACCAGUGAUGGUUUAUGUAAAGAAGGCACUAAGUGCUGUGUCUCCUUAGAUGACUAUUCCAACACAAAAUUGCCCAAAGAUAUCUAUAUACCAGCUAAACACAUGGCCAAUCUUAAUAAUCAGCAAAACAAAACGAAAACCGCCUCCGCUACGAAAAUAGCUAGUGGCACAAAAACCUCACAUAGCAGUACUAGCACAACAACGACAACAACAACUUCUACAACUCCCGAACCAGCAAGAACUAAAAUCAUUAGCAGCAGUUCCAAUCAAAAUAAACCGGUAAAACAUAAAAAGACACCAACAGCUCAUACGACUACUACAACAACACCCGAACCCAUUGAAGAGGAGGAAGAAACUGAAGAGCAGCAGGAUGAAGAUGAAAAUGAUAAGAAUGAGAAUGAAAAAACUGAAAAUACAAAUGGACAAGUUUUAAAGGAAUGUGAGGGAGAAUGUAUGAAUGGUAUAUUGGCCAUAUUCUGUGAUGAUAUCGACUCGGAAGCUUUCUGUCCUAAUGAAGGUAGUUGCUGUAUAACCGGACAACAACAACAGUCUGUUACCUCACCAGCCAUUAAAAAUAAUCCAACUAAAGCUCCCGUAAAAAAUCAUCCCAAGCCAACACAUAAACCACAAAAAACACAACCUCCUCAACAGCCACCUUCCUCAUCGUCAAGUCAAACGGGAGGCAAUGAUUUGUUCUCACAGAUUCUCUCAUUUGCUGAAAAUACCCUUAGUGGAGGUAAUGGUCCAGCUCAGCAGCCUGCUCCUCAAGCUCCACCCAAAAUACCCAGAUGUCCUGGUUUUUGUUUACUCAAUAUAAUGGCUGCUUUCUGUGAAAGACCUUCAGUGUUGAUAUCGGGACCCACAACUUGUGCAAAGGGAUCCGUCUGCUGUGAUAACUCACGGGCUGGUUCACCUAGACCACCACCACAAAAUAGACAACCACCUUCAUCACCACAACCUCCACCAACACAAGCUCCCUAUGUUAUUGCCAACACACCAUCUCCAGAUCCUCGUGAAGAGUGUCCCGGUUCUUGUAUAGUUAGUUUGUUAAGUUUUACCUGUUUCAAAAAUGCCGAAAUGACGGAUCUAUUCAAAUGUAAACGUUCGGGUCAGACUUGUUGUGCUCCAAAGAGUAAGAUUUUGGAAAAACAACAAUUCCAAACACGCAACGAUACUUCCUACGCCCAUUAUCCACCACCGCCACCACAAUUGGGUGUCCAACAAUAUCCACCACAAUCGGCUUAUCCACCACCUCCACCUCAGGCUUAUAUGCCAACACAGCCACCACAAUUCAGUCAUCAUUAUCCACCACCACCUCCACCUAUGCAAGUGCCUCAACAGCAACAACCAAAUUAUGAUUACUCCAUCUAUGGACCCAGUAUUGUGUCUCACCAACAAGGUUUACCGCCACCACCACCACAACUGCAACCUCAACAUUUGGCACCACCACCACACACUACCACACCUCCCACAACAACUAGCACUACCACCACUACCGCCAGACCUCAUGUCUAUUCGAAAUAUGUUUGCGGUGUCAAGGGUACUUUACGUUCUGGUCGUGCACUUUCCUCUACACCCGCCCUCUCUCUCGUCUCCUAUGUACGUGGCAAAUAUGGUGUACAUCGUCAAUCACGUCAACUUAGCGAAUCUUAUGGCAUUCCAGUGGGUGUACAAAAAUCUUCAGAACGUCUAAUACUCGGCUCUGAUAUAGUACCCAUACAGAUACACAAUGAUAAAUUGGGCGAUUUAAUACAAAAUGAUGCUACAAAUUUCAAUCAAGUUAGAUCAUAUCAGGAUGAUGCUCCUUCAACGAUUGUUAUGGCUAAAUCCUAUUAUGAUACGUUUAAUGUUACCAGCCGAAGACGUGCUCGUGUUGUGGGCGGUGAAGAUGGUGAUAAUGGUGAAUGGUGUUGGCAAGUGGCUUUGAUUAAUUCCAUGAAUCAGUAUCUAUGUGGUGCAGCUUUGAUCGGUACUCAGUGGGUGUUGACAGCGGCUCAUUGUGUGACGAAGUAAGUAAAAGUCUUUACA